UUAUUUACAUAUCAGUUUGGGAUCAGUGUUGUGCCGGAGGGGUGAGAGAGUGCUCGGUGGAAUUUUGAGAUCUGUUCUUGGAAUCCAUCCGAGCGCCAAGCUUCAGUUUUUGAACUCAGAAAAUGGAUUCACUGAAGAAACAAUCAUCAGCCGUAUCCGAUGUGGGAGCUUGGGCUAUGAACGUUGUCAGUUCCGUUGGCCUUAUUAUGGCCAACAAGCAGCUCAUGUCCCCUGCCGGUUAUGCCUUCGUCUUUGCGACUACAUUAACUGGAUUCCACUUUUCUAUGACUGCCUUAAUCGGUUUGGUAUCAAAUGCUACGGGUAACUCAACAAGAAAAAAAGUUCCUUUAUGGGAGCUUCUUUGGUUCUCUGUCGUUGCCAAUACUUCAAUCACCGGGAUGAACUUGAGCCUCAUGCUGAAUUCAGUUGGAUUUUAUCAGAUUUCAAAGCUAAGUAUGAUUCCAGUUGUUUGUGUGAUGGAAUGGAUACUACACAGCAAACACUAUUCGGACAAAGUCAAGAUUUCUGUCCUUGUCGUGGUGGUUGGUGUUGGUGUUUGUACAGUCACUGAUGUAAAAGUUAAUGCUCAAGGAUUUAUUUGUGCCUGUGUCGCUGUCCUGUCUACCUCGUUACAGCAAAUUUCAAUUGGCUCCCUACAAAAGAAGUAUUCGAUAGGCUCAUUUGAAUUGCUCAGUCAAACAGCUCCAAUCCAAGCUCUGUCUCUUUUGUUGUUUGGUCCCUUUGUUGAUUACUACCUCACUGGCAAAUUACUAGCAAGUUACAAGUUCUCCUCAGCUGCAUUUUUUUUCAUACUACUAUCGUGCUCGUUAGCGGUAUUUUGCAAUAUAAGUCAGUAUCUUUGCAUCGGACGAUUCUCCGCCACAUCUUUCCAAGUCCUAGGCCACAUGAAAACGGUUUGUGUAUUGAUAUUGGGAUGGCUACUCUUUGAUUCGGAGCUGACACUGAAAAAUAUACUCGGGAUGGCGAUUGCCAUCCUCGGCAUGGUAGUCUACAGUUGGGCUGUUGAAGCUGAUAAACAAACGGAAUCCAAGGUUUCACCACUCCCCAAGGAAGCUUCUGAAGAAAAUGUUGAAUUGUUAAAACAACAGCAGCAAUCGGACGGUUCUCCGCUCAAGGACGUUGAGCUCGGCAAAUCUCAGCCUUAGAUUUGUAUGUUCUUCAUUUUUUUUUUGUUUCUUUUUCAAAAAUUGAUUUGUUUAAUGUUUUAAGCACUUGGAAUUGGCUGUACAAAUUUUAAAAGUUUACUAAUUUUUUUCCUACGUUUUCUUUUUAA